AUGGCUAAUGAUGAAUACGAUUUCCUAUUCAAAGUCGUCCUGAUAGGAGACUCCGGCGUCGGCAAAUCGAACCUACUAUCCCGUUUCACACGCAACGAGUUCAAUCUUGAUAGUAAAUCAACAAUCGGGGUCGAGUUCGCCACCCGCUCCAUACAAGUCGAUGCGAAGACAAUCAAAGCGCAGAUAUGGGACACUGCAGGGCAGGAACGGUACCGUGCCAUCACGUCAGCAUACUACAGGGGUGCAGUAGGGGCACUUCUGGUAUAUGAUAUUAGCAAACACCAGACAUACGAGAACGUACAGCGGUGGCUGAAAGAGUUGAGGGAUCAUGCGGAUGCCAACAUCGUCAUCAUGCUGGUGGGCAAUAAGAGCGACUUAAGGCACCUACGGGCAGUCCCUACAGAGGAAGCAAAGGGAUUUGCAAGCGAAAACAAUCUCUCGUUCAUCGAGACCUCAGCCUUGGAUGCAAGCAACGUUGAAUUAGCAUUUCAAAACAUCCUCACUGAAAUUUACCGAAUCGUCUCAAGCAAAGCGCUUGAUAAUGGGGACGGCGGCCAGAAUCCAAUUGGGGAGAGGAAAUCCUUGGGCAAGACACUCUACUCUUCACUCCGCUCCCAAGGGCCCUUCAUCAAGUCAAACUCGAAUGCGCUCUUCAAGCGUCUCCCUCACCCAUGGAUCAGAGCUUCAAUACCAUCCCGGAACCUCGCUCAAGUCCGACCAGAUCAUGAACUAUCUCAGGAAAUGUGGUUCACACCAUCAGGACCCCCACGUCAAGUCCAUGAUGAUCUCAAAUUCAAGGACAUGACACUCAGUACGCUCCAAUCUCGCCUUCCUAGCCUCCUGGCUUCCCCAUUGCCACAGAAAAUACUUUCCCCCCACAUUACUCUCCACCUAUUCCCCUCGACGCACCCCCACCUCCCAACAGUCACUGGCAGAGUCCCCUACCAUGCCGCCCUCUGGACUGCCCCCAUGGCCUGGGGCCGUGUUCCCAUCCUCGGAAACGUAAAAUUGAUCAUCAUUUCCGAGCGCAUGGUAAAACACGGCUCCUCUUCUAACAUCACCGACACCGGCACCUCAGUGCACAACGAGCGCCUCAUCGUGCGCUGGAAGACCUGUGGCAAGACUAAAGGAAAAGGGAUGGGCGCGCUGUACCGAGGCAUCGGAGGGAGUGAGCAAGUGGAUAAGAUCACGGAAUGGUUGGGCGGCGACGCGAGAGAUGAUGAGGAGUUCUGCGGGCUCUUCAUCUUCGAGUUCGAUGAGGAGGGCAGGAUUCUGACGCAUACGAUCGAGCAUGCGGAGGAGAGCGGACCUUUGGAUCGGACGAGUAGGGUGGUCAGCGUGACGGAUUGGCUGUUGAGUCGGGUCAAUGGGAAGAGGAAGGUGCCGGAGAUGGCGCUGGGUUGCGUGGAGGGAAGACAAUUGCCACCCCGCUCAUCAACAUGGCAAUCUAAACCUGGUUGUCUCGCUCCAGAUGAUCCUCUCGCAAAGCCUCACAGUUCUUGUCACGCGCUUGCAACAGGCUUCUGCAACGGUGAGGGGAGGUAG